AUGGAGGUGGAGUUAGAAGAGGUGGAGGUGGAAGAGGUGGAGGUUCAGUUGGAUGCACAAGUUCAGAGCAGAAAGACAGAAGAGCUGGUGAACCAACAGACACACGACCAGAGGGAGCACAGAGAGAGACUUCUCAGGCUGUCCCAAGAGCUCAGGGAGAAGGAGGAAGGCUGGUUGUCAUGCCAAUGCAGGUGUAACUCUCUACAAUCACAGCUGUUGGCAUGUCAACAGAGAGAGGAUGAGGCAACCCGGAAGUACUCUGUGGCUGAGCAGGAAGUGGAAGCUCUGAGGAGAAAACUAGAACACGCCCAACAGAAGAGCAAAGACCUGAGGAGAGACAGUGAGAGGAUGAUGGAGUCCCAUCGUAAAGCCUUGACCAAGAUGGAGGAUGACUACAGACAGGAGCUGCCCUUCAAGGUACACAGUGGUUCCUAUCGUCUAGGAUAA